UCAUUUGUUUUUCAGAUAACAUUUAGUAGUUUAUCGCCAAAAUGGAAGAAGCCUCUGGGAGAGAAAAAAUGCCAAGGAAGAACAAGAAUUUCAAAGACAAGAAUUUUAACCCUAAAUUCCAAUUCCAAAAAGGGAAAGGGAAAAACCAAGUUAUGCGUGAAGAAAUUGAGAAGCUUAGAGAAAUGAGAACAAAGCUUCCUGAGAUGAUGGCAGAGGAGUUGGACAGUUUUGCAAAAUUACCACUUAGUGCAAAAACUCUUAAGGGAUUGAAAAAUGCAGGAUUCACAGUUCCUACAAAAGUUCAGCGUCAGACCCUUUUGUAUUCCCUUGGUGGAUGUGAUGUUGUUGCUGCUGCCAAAACAGGCUCUGGCAAAACUCUUGCCUUUAUUAUUCCGAUUUUAGAAAAAUUGUAUGACAGUACAUGGACUCAUUUAGAUGGUGUUGGAGCUGUAGUAAUCACACCAGCAAGAGAACUGGCUUAUCAGAUCUUUGAUGUGUUGAACAAAGUUGGAAAGGAACAUGAUUUUUCAGCUGGUCUUGUUAUUGGUGGAACGGAUUUAGAAUUUGAAUGGAAGCGAAUUAGGACAUGCAACAUUAUGAUUUGUACGCCUGGCCGUCUUGUACAGCAUAUGACUGAAAAUCCAGAUUUUGUUAUUGAAAAUGUUCAGAUCCUUGUUCUUGAUGAAGCAGAUAUGUGCCUGUCAAUGGGGUUUGCAGAUUCUGUGAAUUGUAUACUUGAGGAGUUGCCUUCAGAGAGACAAACCUUACUUUUCUCAGCUACUCAAACCAGGGAUGUUAAAGACUUGAUCCGUGCUGGUUGUCGGAAUCCUGUAUUUUGUUCUGUGCAUGAACAUUCAAAAACAGCAACUCCAAAAACACUGGUGGAAAGCUAUGUUGUUUGUGAAGCACAUGAGAAAUUCAAUUUCCUUUGGUCUUUCAUUACUUUUCACAAAAAACAGAAAAUACUUGUCUUUCUGUCAACAUGCAAGCAGGUCAAAUACAUCUACAAUAUAUUUUGUAAGCUUCAGCCGGGCUUGUCUGUGAUGGGACUGCAUGGUAAUAUGAAACAGCUAAAACGGAUGGCUAUGUAUGAACAGUUUUGUCGCAAAAAGUGUGCUGUCCUUUUUGCUACUGAUGUUGCUGCUCGUGGUUUAGACAUACCAGCUGUUCAUUGGGUUGUACAAGCAGAUUGUCCAGAAGAUGUAACAACCUAUAUUCAUCGUGCCGGAAGAACUGCCCGUUAUUCUAUGGCAGGAGAGGCCCUUUUGAUAUUAACACCAUCAGAAGAGAAAGCUAUGGUGGCUAAUCUUAAAGCAAAAAAUAUUCCAAUAGAGAAGAUAUUUGUUGAUACAAAUAAGCAGCGCAGUAUUAAUGUCAAAGUGGAAAUUGUGUUAACAAAGUACAGAGAGUUGAAAGAAGAUGCAGUUCGAGCAUUUAAGGCAUAUAUAAAGCAUAUAGCACAAAUGAGAGACAAAAAAGUAUUUAAUGUGCUUUCCGUUGAUCGUGACGCAUAUGCAUGUUCUUUAGGUUUGGUAGUAACUCCCAGAAUAAGAUUUUUGGAAAAAUUGCUCAAACAAAAGCUUGAUAGUUCUGAAAAGAAGAAAAUGGAGAUGAACCAUACAAAUGGUGUUGAAAAAUAUCGUCCCACCACAAUGGACUUUGGAGCAAUUGACAGUGAUGAAGAGGAGGAUGAUGAGUUCCUUGUCAGUUCCAAAAAUCAGCCGGUGGUGAGUGAAAUCCUAAAUCCAGACCAACUUGAUUCAGUAUCCAAGAAAAAGAAAAAGAAAAUAGUAACCAAAGAAGAUGUUGCUCAGAAACUCUUACGGAAAAAUAUCAAGAUAAAUAAAAUUAGCAAGUUUGAUGAUGAAGGAAAUGCCAUUGUUGAUCCAACUAAAGUUCAGAUAUCAGAUACAUCAGAAAGUGUUGGUCCCAAUAAACGUAUUGACAUAAAUGAGCUCAAGGCAAUCAUUCAGGAAGAAGAUAAAGUUGAUAAGAAAAUCCAUAAUGCCAGAGUUAAAGAGAGAAAGCAAGAGAAGAAGAGGAAAGAAAAAGAACUUAGGAAACAAGCUAUGGAGACAAAGGAGGAAGAGAAAGAAGUAGAUGAAGAUGAGGACAGUGAAGAUGAACAUAUAGAUGAGAUCAUUGAUUCCUUACCUGAUCCUGACAAAAUUUAUGGCAGUAAAUCAGAUAAGAGGGACAACUCUGAAAGUGAGGAAAGUUCAGAUGAUGAUGAUGGUGAUAACUCUGGUCCCAGCAGUUCUGAAGAAGAAACAGACAGUGAGGAAGAACAAAUGGAAAAGGAACCAAAACUAAGUGGCAAGAGGAAAGCUCAAGCUAAGUUGCGUGAAGCUAAACGUUCAAAAUUGGCCGAAGGCAAUACUUUAAGCAACUUACCAAUGGAUGAACAAGAGCAACUUGCAUUGUUCCUUUUGAAGAGCAGAAAGUAGUUUGACCACAGAUAAUGUUAACUGUAUAUAUGUUAAUAACUUUUGAUACUGUAUGUUUCAGUUUACAGUCAGUUUUAUUUAAAUGUAAAUUAAGCAGUGUUUGCUAUAUAGUACAGCAGAUUUUUUGUUAAGGUAGCAAUAGUGGUCUGCAUAAAAGCCUAUGAAAAAAUCUGUACAUAUGUCCCAGUUUUAUAUUUGUAACACUUGACUAAUAAAAUUUUGUUUUGUU